GAAGGGGAGGAUCCGCCACCGCCCCAGAAAGCUGUGCCACUGGUACCGCCGCGCCCCUAGAUCGGUCGCUUCCCCUUGCUUCGCCGGCCGACCCUAGCUUCUCCGUGGCCCAGAGCCGCACCGGGGCAGGCGGAAGGGAGUCCCUCCACUAUGUCUCAGCCCGGGACGGGGAGGCAGCCGCCCCCCGCCGCGCAUGGUGACAACAAGGCAAGUGGAACUUCUUCCAAAUCAGGAGAGAAAGAAGCAGGUGUAGCAGAGAAGAAACCAGCAAGUGCUAGUGUUAGCCAACCCCUCAAAACACAGACAAUUGAAGCACCUUCUGCUGUUAAGAAGCAGUCCCCUACUGUGGAUGCAUCAAAACCCCAAACCAUGAAGCCAUCUGAAACAAAGCCUGCACCAACAACCAUAACAGAGUCUGGAAAAAGCACGCAGUCAACCAAGCCAACAGACUCUCAAAAUAAACAGCUGUCUGAAGAGAGGCAAAAGGAACCCAAUGGUGCAAAAAGCCAAACUUCCCCUUCUCUGACAACAAAUAAUGCAGAAAAAGUAACUACAGCUCAAGCUGGCCAGCCUCCACAAGCAAUCUCCAUAGAGACAGCAAAGCCCAAGUCUGAGAAAAUGUCCACAGAGGCUCCUGCAGCCAGUGCAGCUGCAGCUGGUGCAAGCGUAGUUCCUGUGGCUGAUAAGUCAAGCAGCGAGGCUGGAAUGGAUGAGUCAGCACUAGAUAGCCUAAUAGAUACCCUGGGUGGACCUGAGGAAGUUGUGCCUACUAGUCCUGUUUACACUGGUCCAGAAGUUACGGAAGAUAUAUCUUCAAGAUACCUGGAAGAGCUGGGUAAACGAGAAGGUAGUCUCCCUCCAGAGUAUGUUAAAUUGUUGAAGAGCAAAGGGGGUGGCAAAGAUGGAUUCCCACCAAAAGCAGAUGAACGAGGGGAAAAACCAAUGACAGAUGAUGAGCUUGCAGAGGCCUUGUCAUCAGACUUCACCUGUAGUACUGCUUCUGCUGAAGAAAAGACAAGUCUGACAGAGAAACCAAGUAAGGAAGGAGAAAUUGUACAAGCACAAGCAGUAAGAUCAGUAAACACCUCAGUUCCUCCUAAGGAGAAGAAAACAAAAUCAAAAGAGAAAAUUAAAGGUGUUGUAAUGGAAGUUCUUGGUACUCUUGGUGGACCUGAACCUGAACCUGAAGAUCAUACCCCUGUUGUAGAGGUGGCAGAGGCUAAAGCUAAGGAGAAAAAGGAAGAAAAGGCUGGAGAACUUGAUGAUAUGGUACCUCCAGAGUACAGGUUAACACUGAAGUUGGAUAAAGAUGGAAAACCAGCACUGCCAAAGCCUGAGGAAAAACCUAAGCCUUUGAGUGAAUCUGAUCUUAUUGAUGAAUUUUCAAAAGACUUUGUGUGCUCUGCCCAGCCUGCAGUACAGUCCAAACCAUCAAAUCCCAGGAGCAUGUCCAAAACGCCUUCAGAUUCUGUGGCUGCAAAAAUUACUGAGGAUGAAGCAGUCCCUUGUGCCACAGCUUGCACUCUGCAGUCUUCAGCUGCAACAGCUGUGUCUUCACAGGUUGGCCAAGUGGCAGAUGAAACACUGGAAGCCUUAUCCAGUACCCUAGGAAAGAUGGAGCCUGAUCCAGAUCAAAAGAAGCCUGCUGUGGACAAAAUUAAGGAGAAAACCAAACAGGAGCAACACAAAAAACUGGGUGAAGAUGAAGAAACAAUUCCUCCAGAGUACAGAUUAACAGAAGCAAAAGAUAAAGAAGGAAAACCACUCUUACCAAAACCAGAAGAAAAGUCCCAGCCUAUGAGUGAAAAUGAUCUUUUAGAGGGUUUGUCAGAAGGAUUUUCCUAUUCUCCAUCUCCAUCUGCACCACUACCUACACAAACUGUAAUAAAGAAAACCAAGAAGGUCAAAAAUUCUGCAGGUUCUUCCGACAUUGUCUCUGCUGCUACAGUUUCUUUAGUGCGCUCAGCAGCUCCUCUAGCUUCUACCUCUGGAGGGAAAGAGAUGGAUGAAGCCUUGGAUCUCCUGUCUGAUUCCCUGGGACAGAGGGAACCUGUCCCUGAUGAGAACAAACUGGUUGUGGACAAAGUAAAGGAAAAGGCUAAAUCUGAACACAGAGACAAACUUGGAGAAAGAGAUGAUACCAUCCCACCUGAUUAUCAGGAACUUCUGGAGUCAGGUGAGCAGGUAAGGAAAAUAAAGCAAACAGCAAAGGGCAGUGUGAAACACAGAGAACCAGAGAAGCGAGUGGAUGACUCUGCAGCUAUCGAUGCCCUAUCAGGUGACUUUGAUACUAGUGCAAGGGCUCCUGACACACCACAGAACUCAAAGUGUAGGACAGAAGUGGAAAGGAAACCACUAAGCCAACCCCGCAGGCUAAAGGAAAACCCAAAGACCCUAAAACGGCAAAAGGACAGCCCUCCAGCAGCAAAUCUGAGAAGCAGAAAACAAGCUAAACAUUAACAUUAAAGCUAACGUUAACAUUAUUGGGCUCUUGGUGCAUCACAUAAAACACCUUCUUUCUCUUGGUGGAUAAUAAUUCCUGAAGAACAAAAGCUCAUGCAAAAAACGCAUGGUUGUGCUGGGUGGUCUUUGUAUGGUGAAACUUGCUGGUCUUUUUCCAUAUUUUCUUUUUUUCCCAGUAGUGGACUAAGUUGUAUUAGGUUUGGGGUUUAUUGGGGUUUUUUGCCCCACUUCAGCCAUUAAUUUUAUUACACUCAUAUACUUAGACAUUUUUGUAAUUUUCUUCAGUUUUCAGAGGGAAAGGAUGCUUUAUAUUUGCAAGAAAUACUAUAUUUUACAAUAGCAAUGCCAAAGAAAAAAAAACUGCAGACUUUUGCACAUAAUCUCCACAUAGUGCCUGUAAAUCUCAGAAGAAUUUGUAUAUGUUAGCAUUUUUAACAUUGCAGUGAAUGCAUUAAGUAUUCUGGAAUAUAUUGAGCUUUAGUUAUCCUCAGCCUGGCUGUGCAUUCUUUCUGCAAGCCAGUUCCUGGUAGACUGUAAGUAAGGUGUGGUAGCUAAAGACUGAAAAACUGGGGAUUAACUGCUUCAUCAAGCACAUGUAGUAGUAAGUAUUUUGGAUGAUGCCUUAAUUGUAGUUAAAACAAGAAAAACACACCAGAUACAAAUUCUAAGUUUCUACUUCCAGUGGUAUCUGUACUGUUAUUUUGUAAUUUCAGGAGUCUCCUGGACUGAACAAAUACAAAUCCUAGUGUAAUAAUGCCACAAUUACCAUCACAGCAAAGGAAAUAAAGGUACACAAGCAUUAGCAGAGAAGUUCAGGUCAACAGGCAUACUCCUUUUUAUUUUAAUAUUUUAUUUUAAUUUGCACUGUUUCUAGUCCUCGCCUCUGUUCCUCAGGCUCCAGCAGGGAAUGUAGGGCAGUUGUUUGUGCUUCAAGGAACAUCAUGUUCACCUGCUCUGCAAUGAACAGGCGCAAGUGCCUUUUGCAAGCCUGUUGCAGACCGGGCUCUCGCACAGAGGUGGCCAGGUGCCUCCAUGUGGUUUAUUCUCUCCUCAUGUGUGUACUGCUUCUCAAUGUGCUUGAAGAGGAAGGCCAUGCCAAUGUUCCAUACCAAAAUCUGACUCUGGUAUGUAGCACUGCAGACAGAGACAGCCCGGAGAUUUAAAUAGGGGAUAUUUAGACUUUUGACUGUACUUCACAGUCUGUACUAAGAACCUGUGUCACACUAAUAAAGUUUUUAAGAAUGCA